CCGUUGGGGUAUUAUGCCUCUUGGCCUCUGUUUGCUUUCUCGCACCAUUUAUUGGUGUGGAUCGCAGCAGAACGGGUUUACCCGGGUCUGCGCUUUGAUAAGUACUGUGUACUCGGUGAUGACGUAGUCAUCGCUGACAAGCAAGUCGCUCCUGUCUAUGCGUCUCUAUUGGAUGAUCUUGGAGUAGACAUUUCGGUGUCUAAGUCCCUGGUCUCUGAAACGGGGUGUGUAGAGUUCGCUAAGCGUUUCUUAGUUGACGGGUUGAAAAAGGAUUUGAGUCCUGUAUCAGCCCGCUGUGUUCAGAAUUACUAUCAUCCUCACGGUCUAGCCGCGAUUGACAUGAAGUACAAAGUCAAACGGUUUUCGACAUUGUGUCGGAUUGGUGGUUCUGGAUAUAGGACGCUUGCUACCUUAUCAUCUUCUUCUUCUAAAGUCAUAAGGAGGAGGAGGGCGAUUUGGUACCACUACCGGCUACCGGUGGAAUGGUGGCUUGGUAGGGGCGGACCUCUCGACCCGUAUAUGCGGGGUUUCUUGAUCGAUGUAGUCCGAAAGGAGUAUCGACCGAGGGAUCUAAAAGUUGUGCCAGACCACUACUUCUACCAGAUUGGUAUGAAGGAGUUUCAGGAAUGGUCAAUACUGCGCAGAUGGGUUAAGAGGUGGCUCGAUGAGGUGCAUUGGUAUGCUUCUGUGGCGUUAGAUCCGUGUGUAUCCUUACAGGUGAUCCUGGAGGGACCACCGGUUGUGGAGAAGAAGUGGAACUUUAGUGCCCAGGAUCCAAACCUGGUGCGCUUUGGUCUCUUAUGGAAGCUCUAUGAUCUGGUUGGUAGCCUUGGCCCAAGUUGGAGGCCAGGCAUUCUCUCUGAGGGAUCAUCCAUCGCUAAGAUGGGUUAUCUGUUAGGGCCUUGCGGUGCUAAUAGCUUCUUGGUCUCUGCUUUGGGCUUAGAACAACCCAGAGCAGGGAGAGGUGUGAUUUACCCGUUGUCGGGUAACGCGCCUCAUAAGACCAUUCGCAAUAAGACUUUAGGCGUCUUCUGUGCUAGACCUUCUUCUCGCUGCGUCGUUACUACAUACAAUAUUACAGCUACUUCGCUGCUACGUCGCUCACCCUGA